ACAGAGUCCUGUUUAUGUUAGGAGGACAUGCUGCCUGUCACACCUCUAUCCCCUGCUCAGGUCUUCGGCGUAAUUGUCACUUCAAGGUGUGGCGAACACACUGUCCCUUGGUUACUGUGAUCUAAUCAAUAUUUAUGGCAAUCAGCUGAUUGUAUUCCCGCCCCGAGCUGUGUGUACUCUAGGCAGAUCAGGUCCUCGUCACCCAGUGCAGGCAACACAUCAUUCUGCACUGCACAGACAGAAUGUGCUGGGGAGGUCAUAGGUGACCACAGCAAACUGGUGCUGGGUGACUGGACUGGUUUCCAUAGUCGGGUCUGCCAGCAGGUACAUGCAACAUGCCUUCCCUACAGACCAGGAAGAGGAUCGGAGUCUGUCUGAACGAGACAAAGAGGAGGAAACUCAACUUUCACGUAUUCGAAGAACUCUGCAGGAAUCACGGCUAUGAUGUGACAGAGGUUGACCUCACUAAGUGCCUGAAUAAUCAAGGGCCCUUUGACCUAAUCAUCCACAAGUUAUCGGACCUCCUGGUGGAGGCCGGUCAGGACCUCACUUCCCAUCACCUUGUCCAGAGGCUUCAGGUUUAUCUAGAUACACAUCCAUUUACCAUCCUCCUGGACCCUCUUCCAGCUCUGCAUACAUUGCUCGACCGCUUCCAGUCCUACCACCUCUUGCGCAGCCUGGAGUCCCGCAGCCAAGGCAUGAGCGGCAUGUUCUCCCCUUCGUGUGUGGAACUGAUAACCGAACGCAGUGACGUUGUGACGUUAGUCCGAGCCAACCUCACCUUCCCUAUCAUUUGCAAAACUCGUGUUGCUCAUGGACCGCGAUCGCAUGAGAUGUCCCUGAUAUUUAACGAACGAGGGCUGAAGGAGGUGACCCCCCCAUGUCUUCUUCAGAGCUUCAUCAACCACAGCGCCACCCUGUACAAGGUGUUUGUGGUGGGAUCACAGCAUUUUGUGGUGAAGAGACCAUCCAUACGGAAUUUUCCCCUGGGAGAGACAGAUCAGAAGACCAUCUUCUUCAACAGCCAUGAAGUCUCCAAAGCAGAAUCUUGCUCUCACCUCUCUCAGGCACCCCUGUACCCAGACGCGUUGCCUCCAUCAGAUGACGUGGUCAGACAGGCGGUCCAGGGUCUACAGGAAGCUUUGGGAAUGUCACUCUUUGGUAUAGAUUUAAUUGUGGACACACAGUCUGGCCGCUGUGCAGUGAUUGAUGUCAAUGCUUUUCCAGGAUAUGAAGGAGUCCCUGAGUUUUUCCCUGCUUUACUCUCUCAUGUGGAGAAACUUCUAGGAAGCAACCAGAAGCAAUCCUCAAUCUUGGAGCUCCCAGCCUCUGUCCCCCAGUGUGAGGAGCACAAUACGGAGAGGAGGUCCUUGCCAGAGCCAUGCAAGAGGCGGCUUAGUUCUUCUUCCUAUUAUAGCAUGUAUACCCCACCCCUGUCUGCUGAUUGUUGACAAAUACCAUGUCCACUUUUGUGGAUUUUCUGGUGAACAUUUUAUGUAUUUGUGGCAAUGACGUAGACAAGCAUGGAGCUUCUUCUACUGGAUUGGAACCAUGGGCCUCUGAUGGAAAGUCAGUCUUGUUUCCCACAGCAACCAAUCAGAUUUUUCUUUUCAGACUGCACUGGAAGGUUGAAAGGAAGAAUGGACGGUUGCUAUAGGUAACAAGAGCUCUCCUCUUUCAGACAAUUUGACAGAAUGAAUAAGGCCAACCUUGGACCGCACAUUUCAUCUCCCAUAUUUCAUCAAAGACUUUUUAAACAGAAUUUCUAAAAUAAUGGACUUUGACACAAUCUGCACUGGCAUUCAUAGCUUCAUUGGCACUGGCAUUCAUAGCUUCAUUGGCACUGGCAUUCAUAGCUUCAUUGGCACUGGCAUUCAUUAGCUGAAGAAAAUGGACCCUGAAUUUUUCACUUUUAUUUAAUUCUCACAGCAAAACUUGAAUAUAAUCACAGAACAGAGACCGGAAUUACAUAAUGACCAUCUAUGUACAGUUUUUGGAGGAUCCAGAGCUACCUAGAACAUUGCCUUAUAUUGACACUGCCGUUCUUCUGCUAAUUGUAAAUUAAAUAAAAAUAAAAAACAGUUAACAUA